AAAUUCGUCUGUACGCACGUAGUUAUUGUCGUUUGGGCUGCUUUACAGCAUUCUCCUGAUUACAUCCCGAAUUUUAAUUCUUGCUUUCCCGAAAUGGGUAUUGAGCAAAGUGCUCCUAGUCAGUCGUCAGGAGUGCCGAGAAGCUCGACCACCAAUCCUCACAAUAAAGCACGACAGGAUACGGCGCAAACUUCUGAUGAGAAUGACCGCUCUUCUCCACAUCCAAGUCUGUGUUCUUCGGAUGUUGAUGUUCCUUAUGUUUCAUAUACCGUCAACAGGCCGAUUGGAGAAUCUCCCAAACAUCAAGGAAAACCAAGUACGAGAAGUGCUAAAAAUUAUGGAGUUUCAUAUGCUCCUGCACAUCCAUUAAAAGGAAGAAACAUAGUGGUUGUCUCCCAAAAAUCGAUGCUUGAUGAUGGCGAAGAAGACUCUGAAAUUCUUAAUUUAGGAAGAAUACCUUUGUUUUUGCCAAUCAUUCGGAGUUCAUUGUCUACAACUCACCCCAGGGAACCAGACAUUGUUGAUCGCCUUGAUAGUGGAGCUUUGCAAAGUAUUGUGGGACUUCUUGAAGGACUCAUGAAACAAAAUGCAGAUCUAGUGGCUUCUGACCAGAAUCAGCUAACCCAAAGUUCAAAAGAUAUUGAAGCCCAACUAGCAGCAAUAAUGAUGGCUCUAACAGAAAGGCAAAAACUGUACGCCAAAUAUGCUGAAAAACUAGCCCGAAUCCACGAGGUAUCACAUUCUUUGACACGGUGUCAUUUGGCACUAGCAACUGCUAUGGAUAGCAUUGAAACCCUGAAUCGCCAGUUGCCGAUCUCAGAACGCCUGGAAGAGUUCAUCUGGUCUACUGGUUAAAAAGCUACGCUGGUUAUUCCUAUACAGCUUUUGUUCUCCGUGUUUUUCAUCUGCAUCAUUUGAUUAUUCUGUUGAUAUAGGUCGCAUCUUUAAAACCACAGAUUUCUUUUUAUAUUGGUGUAUUAUCCGUCAUUUGGAAAACUUACAUAGAUGGACGAUCGCGUUUACCAAGAAGUUUCAAUGUAAGAGCGGUAUUCAGUAUUUAUGAGCCAUUUUGAUGAAACCUUACAUCGGUUGAGAGGAGAGAGAAAGAAAAAAAAACGAAACACCAUAAUUAUGGCUCCAUAAUUGUUUCUCUUUGAGGUGGGUACUUUUGAGCAAUCCAUAAGUUAUUUGUUUAUCAUCAUGUAUCCGAACGGUAGCUUAUCAAAAUAAUGAAUAAUGAGC